UCUGGCUGGCGUGUGAGUGAGUAUCUGCCUCUGCGAGUGUGUUCGUGUGUUAGUGUGUGUGCGGUCACUCAGCCAGACUGUGGUUGUGUUUCAGCUCUGCCCGUGUUGAUAACGACACACUGAGGACGCGUUUCAUCGCCGAGACAUGGGAAUUCGGAAGACAUGGCAGUGAAACGGUUCCUCCUGCCCUUGCUGGUCCUGCUGGCCUCCGUGGCCGUCGGUCACGCUCUGCGUUGUAACUGCACAAACUGUGAGAAGACAGGAUAUGAGUGUGAGACAGAUGGAGCCUGCAUGGCCUCUACAUACUACAUCGACGGGAAGGAGAAACAUGUUCGCAUUUGUAUCAACAGCGACAAACUGGUCCCCCCUGGACAGCCCUUUUACUGUCGCAGCUCCGAAGGAGUGGUUAACACACACUGCUGCUAUGAAGAUUACUGCAACAGUAUUGACCUGAAAGUUCCAGUUCCAACCAAUGUGUUGACAGGUCCAGGGAGUCCUUGGGGUCCGGUGGAGCUGGUGGCGAUCAUCGCAGGGCCAGUGUUUCUGCUGUGUGUGCUGCUGAUGGUGGGUGUGUUCCUGUGGCAGUACCACCAGAGAGCCUACAGCCACAGACAGAGGUUAGAGGUUGAGGACCCCUCCUGUGACCACCUGUACUUGGCCAAGGACAAGACUCUGCAAGACCUCAUCUAUGACAUGUCCACCUCUGGGUCUGGCUCUGGUCUGCCCCUGUUUGUACAGCGGACAGUGGCCCGGACCAUCGUGCUGCAGGAGAUCAUCGGUAAAGGUCGGUUUGGUGAAGUGUGGAGGGGGAAGUGGCGAGGAGGAGAUGUGGCCGUGAAGAUCUUCUCAUCCAGAGAGGAACGCUCCUGGUUCAGAGAAGCAGAGAUCUACCAGACAAUCAUGCUGCGACACGAAAACAUCCUGGGAUUCAUUGCAGCUGACAAUAAAGAUAACGGCACCUGGACUCAGCUCUGGUUGGUGUCAGACUAUCACGAGCACGGCUCGCUCUUCGACUACCUGAACCACUACUCCGUCACCAUCGAGGGCAUGAUCAAACUGGCUCUGUCUGCAGCCAGUGGCCUGGCACACCUUCACAUGGAGAUCCUCGGCACCCAGGGUAAACCUGGUAUCGCUCAUCGUGAUCUCAAGUCUAAAAAUAUCCUGGUGAAGAAGAACAACAUGUGUGCUAUUGCUGACCUGGGCCUGGCUGUUCGCCACGAGUCCAUCACAGACACAAUCGAUAUUGCGCCCAACCAGCGCGUCGGCACGAAGAGGUACAUGGCUCCAGAAGUUCUGGAUGAAACCAUCAACAUGAAACACUUUGAUUCCUUCAAGUGUGCCGACAUUUACGCUCUGGGCCUGGUUUACUGGGAAAUUGCCCGUCGCUGUAACACAGGAGGUAUUCACGAGGAGUAUCAGCUGCCCUACUUUGACCUGGUGCCCUCUGACCCCUCCAUAGAGGAGAUGCGGAAGGUGGUGUGUGACCAGAAACUGAGGCCCAACGUGCCCAACUGGUGGCAGAGCUAUGAGUCUCUACGUGUGAUGGGGAAGAUCAUGAGGGAGUGCUGGUAUGCUAACGGAGCAGCCAGGCUGACCGCGUUGCGCAUUAAGAAGACCCUGUCUCAGCUCAGCGUGGAGGAGGACGUCAAAAUGUGAACGUCCGGGGAGGAGCGGAGCCUGAACACACACUCCCAUAGGAAACAAACACUAAAGACAGACUGCAAAGAAAAACCCUGCCAGUUUUUAAAGCCACACUCCAAGUUGUGACAAGGCCUACCUCACCUUUUUAGCCAAAACUACUGAGAACCCCUGGUCCUAACAACCCCCGUCCCACCCCUGCCCCCUCGCUCCUCAUCCUCCUACUUCAUGGGCCACAUCAUCACAGCACUACCACUGUUGAGAUCAUCACACGCCACCUCCGUUUGGUUUCCAUCUCCCAUGGCAGGGCUAGUUUGUACAGUAAUGGGAUUUUUUUAAGUUUCUUUUUUCAUUUUCAUUUUUUUUUUUUUUACCUCUGUGAAACUUUCCCAUGACGGACUAACCUUGUCCAGACUCCAGGAUUUGUGGUUUUAUAACAACACAAAAUAACAAUGACAGCACUCUUUCUCUCAGCCAUGUAACGUCACCUUCUGUUGAUGAGAAUCUGAGGAACAGAUUAUGUCUAGCUCUGUGUUGUCUGCACUACAGGCUGCAUUUAGGGCUCCAUCCACACAGCCCGUUGUUUUUUAUGUUUUUAAAUUGACAUGUUGUAUGGAUGAAGCUCCGGGGUGCGUUCACACUUGUCAUGUUUGGCUGUAUUAAAUCGAACUCUGAUUGGGAACUCACUUCCAGUUUACAACUUUAGUUUUAACCUAAAAGCUCAUCGGCCACAUCUGGUUUGACUUCAUCCAUGUGUCUCACUUUGUCCAGUGAUUCAAAUAAACAUCAGUGUGUGAGCUGCAGUUGGACCAGGACUCUAAACUGGCACAGCAAAACCCAAUAACUAAUUCCCUGAAUCACUACACAAGUGUGAACACACCCUACAUAUGUGUUACCACCACAGAGUACCCCAGACUUCCAGUACCAGGAACCAUUUUCUAAGUUUAAAUGGUGCUCUAUUCUCAUUGGCUGACUUCUUUUUUUUCACAAAUGAGUUCAUUGUUAAACAAAACUUUCAGUGGAGAUCCAAUGUCCUCCUGAAACUCCUGCCUCUGGAGUUAGAACUGUUUAGCAGUCAAAAUAAUGACCUCAUAAGUUCCUGAUCCUGGCUUGUAAAAUAUAAAAAGUUCCUGAUGUCCCUCUGGGUUCCUGGUCCUAGUCUCUGUGGUGCAACUAUGACAUCUAGUGGUAAUAAACUUAUCUACAGAUGAACAGCCAGAA